AUGGCAGCAACGCUGCCCGUUCUCUCCGCAGGCUUCCUCCUGUGCUCACUGCUGCUCCUGAGUGUUUCUGCGGCCCCGGCCGAGAGCAUCCCCUUGUACAACCUGUUCAACAACGCCGUGAACCGCGCACAGCACCUGCACCAGCUGGCCGCCGACAUCUACAAGGAGUUCGAACGCACGCUGCUGCCCGGGAUGCAGAGGCAGCUGAGCGAAAGCUCCGCGCUGUCCGGGUGUUACUCCGACUCCAUCCCCGCCCCCACCGGGAAGGACGAGACCCAGCAGAGAUCCGAUGGGGACUUGCUGCGCAUCUCCUCGGCCCUCAUCCAGUCCUGGGUGUUUCCUCUGAAGACGUUCAGCGAAGCCUUCUCCAACAGCCUCAUGUUCGGCACAUCGGACCGAAUCUUCGAGAAGCUGGAGGACCUCAGCGAGGGCAUUGACGAACUCAUGAGGACCUUGGGCGAGGGAAUCCACGUGUCGGUGCUGAGGGAGCCCUACGAGAACUUCGACAUCAUCCUGAGGACGGACGCCGCCCGGAUGAAGAACUACGGGCUGCUGGCGUGCUUCAAGAAAGACAUGCACAAAGUAGAGACCUACCUGAAGGUCACCAAAUGCCGACGUUUCGUGGAGAGCAACUGCACUUUGUAGGGGCGAAGACGGCAGGGGCCACACUCCUGUCUGGUGGCUCCACACCCCUGCGUGCUCUCUCCUCUUCUCUCUAUGAAUCAGUAAUAGCGCUCGCGUCUCAGCGAUCUGGGGCCCUGAGUCUGUUCGAAAGGGUGUUUUCACUGAGCUGUGUUAAUUAAACAAAAAGAAAAACAAAACAAAAAAAUGAAUGGAGCUCUUUAGAGCCGCGUGAUUUCAAAUUGUGCCAAAUUUAUAGCAGGGUUAUUAAUAUCCACAUUUACAUUUUAUGAUUCCCUGGUUGGAAUGAAAUAAAAUGAGGCAUCUGAAUAAUGCAAAAAUGAAAGCAGUAGCUGGCAAUGAUCCGUUAUGUAGGAGUAUUGUAUUUUGUGCCAGUUGUACUCAUACAUGAUGGUACACAAAAGAGCAGACAGGUUUUUACCACCCCCAC